CAGACGCUUGGAAUUGGCAAUCGCUCAUACGCGUUUGGUUGUCUGUGAUCUUCUGUGCUUGUGAUAUUUUGUGACGUAUAAGUUUAAUGAUAAGUGAAAUGGUUUGUAAACAAAUUUCAAAUUCUUCUAUUUCAUUCAAUGUUUCAAAAAUAAACUACUAAUUAAUUUCUGUGGGACGUUCAAGAAAUGACGAGUCAUGAUGAUGAUGGGUGAUCAGUUCCGAAAAGUCGAACAAUAUUCACCAAAAUCAUCUCCAAGGGGAGCUCGGUCUCCUGUCGUUUCUCGUCAAGAUUCUACUGGAACUCUCAAAACGACGAUUUCAUUAGGGAAGAAUCCUUCCAUCGUCCACAGUGGACCUUUCUAUUUGAUGAAAGAGCCACCGGGUGAAAGUGAGUUAACUGGGGCUGUGAAUUUGAUGACCUAUCAUGGUCUAGAGCACACAUACAGUAAAUUCAGUGGCAAAAAAGUCAAAGAACAACUUUCUUCAUUCCUUCCAAAUCUUCCAGGUAGCAUUGACACACCUGGACAUCAAGAUAACAGCUCAUUGCGGUCAGUUAUUGAAAAACCUCCUGUUGGGGGCAAGGAACUUCUUCCAUUAACCAGUGUACAAUUGGCUGGCUUCAGAUUACACCCCGGACCAUUACCAGAACAAUACCGCUAUGUGAGCCAAGCGCCGGCGGUGAAGAAACACAAGAACAAACACAAAAAUAAGCACAAACACAAGGGCGAUGGGCUGGGCGGGGCCGGUGGAGGGGUGGGGGGAGAGGUGAUGGGAGCCAGCGACAGUGUCGGCGACACCCACGAGAAGAAGCACAAAAAGCAGAAGCGACACGACGAGGAGAAGGAGAGGAAGAAGCGGAAGAAGGAGAAGAAGCGCAAAAAGCAGAAACAUAGUCCUGAGAACGCCAGCGGUGGCUCGCUCACGCCCAAUCAGCAUUCUAAUGGAUAGCGGUCGCGGUUUCGAAACUGAAACCAAACCCCUGUGAAUACCGCAGCGGAAACGUGAAAGCAGUACAGUGACGGGAGCCUCGAGUGAUACACAGUUAGAUUGUGCUUUUCGAAAAAAGACUGUUCUAGUUCAAUUGAAGAUAAACGAACGUUGAGAAACGAUGAUAGGUAAUGAAUUGCGAUGAAAAGACAGUUCACGGUGAAUUAAUCCAAAUGGUUAAUCUAGGUGAAUAAUUUAUAUAAUUGUAAAUAUAAGAGAAAUAUCGUAUUAUAUUAUUAAAUCGUUUUAUGUUAUGUA